AUGGCCGAUUACGAAGAGCUCGAGUACGAAGCCUAUGGCGAGGAGGAGGCUGAGGGUAUCACGCCUGAGGACUGCUGGACUGUGAUUUCUUCCUUCUUCGACACAAAGGGCCUCGUCUCGCAGCAAACCCAGUCUUUCGAUGAGUUCACCCAGUCAACCAUCCAGGAUCUUGUCAACGAGUACAGCACCAUCACUCUGGACCAAAAGAACCCUCCCUCAACCCCAGACCGACAAAUAAACGUUCGCCGAUAUGAGAUCAAGUUUGGAUCAGUCAUGGUUUCUCGCCCAACCAUUAGCGAGACUGACGGAACCGCGACGUCGCUUCUUCCCUACGAAUGCCGUGACCGAAACCUCACAUACGCGAGUCCGAUGUAUAUCAAGAUUUCCAAGAAAGUGUCGGUGGCCAUCGAGAGGGAGAUUCCCCUCCACGAGCUGGAUGAAGACCAACAGCGCGAGCUAGCGGAGACCGGUGAACACCCGACCAGGGUCGAGUGGGAGUUGGAAGAGGCUGGAAAUGAAGAUGACGUUGGGAAGCCUGACAACUUCAAGGACUCCGUUUUCGUUGGCAAACUUCCCAUCAUGGUCAAGUCCAAGGUUUGCCAUCUCUAUGGUGAAUCUGACGACAGCCUGUUCCUUGUCAACGAGUGCCCGUACGAUCAGGGUGGCUACUUCAUCAUCAACGGUAGCGAAAAGGUGCUCAUCGCUCAAGAGCGAUCUGCUGCCAACAUUGUCCAGGUCUUCAAGAAGGCCCAGCCCAGCCCUUACACAUAUACUGCGGAGAUCAGGAGUGCACUUGAGAAAGGAUCGCGUCUCAUCUCCAGUUUGAUGCUCAAGUUAUAUGGCAAGGGAGAUUCAGCUCGUGGCGGCUUCGGACAGACCAUCCACACGACCCUCCCGUUCGUCAAAUCCGACCUUCCUGUUGCCAUUGUCUUCCGAGCUCUCGGCAUUGUUUCCGACGAGGACAUCCUCAACCACAUAUGCUACGACCGAAAUGACACCCAGAUGCUCGAAAUGCUUCGCCCGUGUAUCGAGGAGGCCUUUUGCGUUCAGGACCGAGAGGUGGCUCUGGACUUCAUCGGAAAGCGAGGCAAUAGAGACCAGGCUGGUCUGGGACGUGAGAAGCGUGUUCGUGUCGCUAGGGAUAUUCUUCAAAAGGAGACCUUGCCUCACAUCUCUCAGACAGAGGGUGACGAGACAAAGAAGGCCUUCUUCCUGGGCUACAUGGUGCACAAGCUGUUGCAGUGUGCCCUUGGAAGGCGCGAGCCUGAUGACCGCGAUCACUUUGGCAAGAAACGCCUUGAUCUUGCGGGACCUUUGCUGGCAAAGCUGUUCCGCGGAAUCAUGCGUAGGAUGAACACAGAACUCUCGACGUAUCUGAGGAGGUGUGUCGAAGGCAACAGACAUUUCAACUUGGCUGUCGGCAUUAAGCCUGGAACUCUGUCCAACGGCUUGAAGUACUCCCUCGCCACGGGUAAUUGGGGUGACCAGAAGAAGGCCAUGAGCUCAACCGCCGGUGUGUCGCAGGUGCUGAACCGCUACACCUUUUCGUCUACUCUGUCCCAUCUGAGGCGAACCAACACACCUAUUGGCCGAGAUGGCAAGCUGGCAAAGCCGCGACAGCUUCACAACACUCACUGGGGACUGGUCUGCCCGGCAGAAACACCAGAGGGCCAGGCCUGUGGUCUGGUCAAGAAUUUGUCCUUGAUGUGUUACGUUUCUGUUGGGUCCCCGACUGGCCCCUUGGUUGACUUCAUGAUCAGCAGAGGUAUGGAACUGGUCGAGGAGUACGAUACAACUCGCGCGCCGCAUGCUACCAAGGUGUUCCUCAACGGUAGCUGGAUUGGUGUCCACCAGGAUCCUAAAAAAUUUGCCGACAGCGUUUUCGAACUUCGACGGAGGCGACUUCUCUCUUAUGAAGUUUCGCUCAUCCGUGAGAUCCGCGAUCGAGAAUUCAAGGUCUUUUCUGAUGCUGGUCGUGUAAUGCGUCCAGUCUUCACUGUUCGGCAGACAGAUGGAGAGAUUGGCGACCCUCCAAAGGGUUCCCUCGUCUUGUCUAAGGAGAUCAUCCAAGAUCUUGCCACUGAGAACUUCCAGCCUGACCCGCUCACUGGGGAGGUGCCCACUGGCUGGGAUCACUUGAUUCGAGCUGGCGCUGUGGAAUACUUGGACGCCGAAGAAGAGGAGACGGCUAUGAUUUGUAUGACCCCGGAGGAUUUAGAGUCGUAUCGAAUGCAGAAGCUGGGUUUCGAAGCCCCUGAUGCUGGAGAGACAUUGGAGCCCAACAAGCGUCUCAAGACCAAGACAAACCCGACUACGCACAUGUACACCCAUUGCGAGAUCCAUCCCAGCAUGAUUCUUGGUAUCUGUGCCAGUAUCAUCCCCUUUCCGGAUCACAACCAGUCCCCUCGUAACACAUACCAGUCGGCUAUGGGUAAACAAGCCAUGGGUUUCUUCCUCACCAAUUACGCCCGCCGUAUGGACACCAUGGCCAAUGUCCUUUAUUAUCCUCAGAAGCCCCUCGCUACGACUCGAUCGAUGGAGUUCCUCAAGUUCCGUGAAUUGCCAGCCGGUCAGAAUGCCAUUGUGGCAAUCGCCUGUUACUCUGGCUACAACCAGGAAGAUUCCGUCAUCAUGAACCAGAGCAGCAUCGACAGGGGACUGUUCCGCAGUCUGUUCUUCAGAUCCUACUCGGAUCAGGAAAAGAAGGUCGGUUUGAACUACACCGAGACCUUCGAGAAGCCGUUCCAACCAAGCACGCUCCGCAUGAAGCAUGGAACGUACGACAAGCUCGAUGAGGAUGGUAUCGUGGCACCUGGUGUCCGUGUUUCUGGAGAAGACAUCAUUAUCGGAAAGACGGCACCCAUCGACCCGGACAACCAGGAUCUGGGAACAAGAACCGCCGUUCACCAGAAGCGAGACAUCUCCACGCCCCUUCGCAGCACCGAGAACGGUAUUGUGGACCAGGUAAUCGUGACGGUGAAUGCGGACAACGUCAAGUAUGUCAAAGUCCGUGUACGAACGACCAAGAUUCCCCAAAUUGGUGACAAGUUUGCUUCUCGUCACGGACAGAAAGGAACUGUGGGUGUUACCUACCGUCAGGAGGAUAUGCCCUUUACAAAGGAGGGUAUCACGCCGGAUAUCAUCAUCAACCCUCACGCUAUCCCAUCUCGAAUGACCAUUGCCCAUUUGAUCGAGUGUCUUCUGAGCAAGGUCUCGACCCUGGAGGGUAUGGAAGGAGAUGCCACGCCAUUCACUGAUGUGACUGUCGACCAAGUCUCCGAACUUUUGCGUGGACACGGAUACCAAUCGCGUGGUUUCGAGGUCAUGUACAACGGUCACACUGGUCGCAAGCUACGUGCCCAGGUCUUCUUCGGCCCGACGUACUACCAGAGGCUGCGUCACAUGGUGGACGACAAGAUCCACGCUCGAGCCAGAGGUCCGGUGCAGAUCAUGACUAGACAGCCUGUCGAGGGUCGUGCCCGAGACGGUGGUCUGCGUUUCGGAGAAAUGGAACGUGAUUGUAUGAUUGCCCACGGUGCUGCCGCCUUCCUCAAGGAGCGUCUUUUUGAAGUUUCCGAUGCCUUUCGAGUUCACGUCUGCGAGGUCUGCGGUCUCAUGACACCUAUCGCAAAUCUCUCGAAACAAUCGUUCGAAUGCCGUCCGUGUAAGAACAAGACAAAGAUUGCGCAGAUUCACAUUCCCUACGCCGCGAAGCUCCUCUUCCAGGAACUCCAGUCCAUGAACAUUGCGGCAAGGAUGUUCACCAGCCGGUCAGGUGUUUCCAUUCGAUAG